AUGAAAAAUUGGCUCCGCAAUAAUGAUCGUACUCAACAGGCGCAGCCAGCGGCUAGUCCACAGCUUCUCAAAAAAUGGCCAUUAAUAAUGGCUAUACUGUUGGCAUUCUGUGGCUUAUUUGCAAUCGCUACGAUGAUUGUCUUGUCGACAAUCCCGGUGUACCUCUCUGCCAAAGAUAUCGGUUCUCCAACAGGGAUCAACAACGAUGGAAAAAUAUUCGCGAUGGCGUUUGCUACCAACUAUAUUGGCAACACGCCAUCUGGCAUAACCAAUUACAAAUCAGUCGCGCAACAAAUCAACGGAUAUAUGGGCUACAGAUGGAACAGCAUUGGUAUUCAAUCAAUUACCCUAAAUGGUGUUGGCAAAAGAAAGAAGCGGGACACAACUUCUGACGCCUUUUGUAAUAUUAACAAUGGAACAAACUACAGUACAGCAAAUGGCUCUGCUAUGGAGAUGUCCAUUAUCAUCAACAAUUGCCCAAGAACGCGAUGUAUCACAAACCAUUGCAUUCAGGAAUGCUUACCUGAAAUAAAAUCCCACCUAUCAUCAGUGUUUGGUUCGGACCCCGUUUCAUUAAAUCUUCAAACUAGCGAUGGACAAAGUCCAACGUGUGCUGAUGGCGUUCAAAAUGGUCAGGAGACAGGUCCGGACUGUGGUGGUGCCACAUGCCUAUCACAAGAGAAGACAUGCGCCAAUGGCUUAGGUUGUAGCAGUGCUACAGAUUGUACAAGUCGUUUGUGUGCUGGCGGAUUAUGCCGAGCACCAACUAUAGAACCGACUGUAGCGCCAAUCGCAGCACCAACAUGCACCGAUGGACUGAAAAAUGGAUUAGAGACAGAUGUAGAUUGUGGUGGUGCUACUUGUGUAUCACAAAACAAGGCAUGCGCAGAUACCUUAGGGUGCACAAGUGGUACAGACUGCAUGAGUGGAGUCUAUACUGGUGGAUCAUGUCAAGCACCAACAUGCACUGACGGAGUGAAAAAUGGACUGGAGACAGGUGUAGAUUGUGGUGGCGCUACUUGUGUAUCACAAAACAAGGCAUGCGCAGAUACCUUAGGGUGCACAAGUGGUACAGACUGCAUGAGUGGGGUCUGUACUAGUGGAUCAUGCCAAGCACCAACAUGCGCUGAUGGCGUUAAAAAUGGGUUGGAGACAGGUGUAGAUUGUGGUGGUGUUACUUGUGUGUCACAAAACAAGGCAUGCGCUGAUAACGUAAGUUGUAGCACUGGUACAGAUUGCAUGAGUCGAAUAUGUACCAGCGGAUCAUGUCAAGUAUCAACAUGCACUGACGGAGUGAAAAAUGGACUGGAGACAGGUGUAGAUUGUGGUGGCGCUACUUGUGUAUCACAAAACAAGGCAUGUGCAGAUAGCUUAGGCUGCACAAGUGGUACAGACUGCACGAGUGGAGUCUGUACUAGUGGAUCAUGCCAAGCACCAACAUGCACUGACGGAGUGAAAAAUGGGUUGGAGACAGCUCUAGAUUGUGGCGGCAACACUUGUGUGUCACAAAACAAGCAAUGUGCAGAUAAUUUAAGUUGCAUAAUUCGUACCGACUGCACAAGCGGAGUCUGUACUAGUGGAUCAUGUCAAACACCAACAUGCACUGACGGAGUGAAAAAUGGGUUGGAGACAGCUCUAGAUUGUGGCGGUAGCACUUGUGCAUCACAAAAGAAGGCAUGCGCUGAUAACGUAAGUUGCAAUACUGGUAUAGACUGCAUGAGUGGAGUCUGUACUAGUGGAUCAUGCCAAGCACCAACAUGCACUGACGGAGUGAAAAAUGGACUGGAGACAGGUGUAGAUUGUGGUGGUAGCAUUUGUGUGUCACAAGGCAAGAAAUGUGCAGAUGGCUCAGGUUGUACAAUGGGUUCAGAUUGUACAAGUUUGGGCUGUAAUGGCGGCGUUUGUGGAGGUUAG